AUUUUUGUCAUUGUGACAGAAGUCCGCUGUCAAUCCACAUAUAAUUUCAAAACAACAACUUUGUCGGUGCAUUGCUUUGGCUUAAAAUCUUAAAUUUUCCUCAACAAAGACACAAUGAUUUCCUUGGUCAGACACAAUCUAGCAAAGUUGCCAACACUCACAGCGUUGCGACCAUCAUCAAUUGUUCGCCCAUUUUCCUCAUUCGAUUGUGGACCUCCGGGCAAAAAUCAUGAAGAUGACAUCGUUCACUUCGAGAAUCGGAAAGAUAUCGUCAUACCCGAGUAUCCACAACGUGAGAACGAGAAGUUAGAAGUUCGUAAGCAAAGGUUAAUCUAUCAGUCGCGUAAGCGGGGUAUGCUGGAAAACGAUCUCUUGCUCUCAACAUUUGCGUCUAAAUACCUGAAAACGAUGUCAGCCGAACAUGUGCAACAGUACGACACUUUGAUCAAUAAACCGUCGAACGACUGGGACAUCUACUACUGGGCCACGAAUAAGAAACCUACACCGCCCGAAUACGAAACGGAAGUGAUGUCACUGCUGCGGGAUCAUGUAAAAAAUGCACAAAGGGAGAGUAGAAGGAUGCCUGAUCUGUAGUUUGUGAAAUGAGUGUAUUCAAAGCGUCGGAUUGUGUGCGUUGUCAAUAAAUAUUUAUUACUCAGCA